CGUGUGCGCGCGCGAGCGACACAGGGGAGAGCGCCUCUCUACGAAGUUUCGGAUUAUGCACUCGAGGGCGGUUUCGUCGAUUUUCUGAUUAUUGCGGCAACCGUAAAGCGUUUGUGUGGGUAAUUAGAAAGUUUAUUGUGCUUUUAAAAAAAUCUCGACGCAAAAAUAAAUGAGUAUUCGUGAAUAUUCGUUAAAAAAGAGCACACGUUCGAGCUAGCAGUUUGCUUGCUUGCUUGCUAGCUAGCUAGCUAGCCAGCCUAGCUAGCUAAUCUACGGAUAAAGCAAUUUCAGGUCCUGCUGAAAGUGUAGCUAGCAUAGCUAGCAUUCGAUAUAGUAGUAGCCGGCUUUUUUAACACCGUUAGCACGCCAUUAUAUUUUAUUCUGACUAUUAUUAUCAUCAUCAUUACCCGCUCGCUUCGUGCGGAGGUCUGAAAUAUUAUCGAGAGUGAAUACAGAGAUGACUGAGGACGAUGGCGUUUGUCUGGGUCUCGAUGUUUUUCUGCAGCACCGCUAGCUAACACACACACACACACACACACUAAUUCACAACAAAGAAUCAGGAAGCACCAGGGAGGCGGUGUGUGAGAGUGAGACACAGUGAGUCUUGCUGAUUACAGGGGAAACGCAGAUCAUUUAAAGCAAAACGAUCCCGUAAAAGUCUCAUCACAUUGGAUAAUGCCUUCCAGAGCCUCAUCUGUCUUUCUGAGGAUUGGGCUCCCCUCUCUCUCUCUCUCUCGCUCAUAACCAGAUAAUAGGCACAUCUUUCCUCCAAGGCGUUUAUGAACCGAUUUUUCCCCUUUAUUUUGCUACUAAUGCAUUAAGAGUCGUCCUGAUUACAGUUUUCAUCAUAUCUAUCAGUCCAGGUUACUGUCAGCUUCUAGAUGCAGCCCUAAAAUUAUAGCUGUACUCAUUUUGAUAUGAGCAAGUCUUAUUAAAACUACAUGACAUCUCGUAUUUGAAGAAUAUUCUGUAGUGUUUGGCUGACCUGUAAUCCUCUAUGGGGACUGUUUACAUUCAGACUGAGUUCACUCAGAUUCAUUACCCGAUUAAAAAAUGCUUUUGUAUUGUACAUAAAAUAGAAUGGUCUGAAUGUCCCGAUCCAUUAUUGGACAUCGAGACUGAUGUUGGUUGAAUCAUUGGAUUCAAAUCUGAUUAGAAUUGACAUUUUCCAGUCCAAUGCACAUGAGCACAGCGCACAACGUCCUGUUGUAUCAGAACCAAUAUCAGUUUUGUCAUCAGAAUCAUAGUAUUGUAUUCUGCAUCUUGAGAAAAUAAGAUCCCUGGCUGUUUGGUUAAUUGAUGUGACUUGAUGUCCAGAGACUGAGAGGAGACAACAAGGAUGUCUGGAGAUCCUUUUUCAUCUACUGGAUCAGCAGUUGUAUCAGCACACUUCAAGAAAAGGAAGUCACGUUUCACGUUUUCUGAAGUUCAGCUUCUGCUGACUGAGGUGAAGAGAAAUCGCCACAUACUGGUUGGUAAAUUCAACCAGGGUGUCUCCAGUGAUGUUAAGAAGCGAACAUGGGCUGCUCUCACAGCUCGAAUCAAUGAGAUCAGCGAGUGUCACAGAGAGGUCAUUGAGAUUGUAAAGAAGUGGUCUGAUCUCAAGUGUGACACCAAGCGCAAGGUGGUAGCCAUGAAAGCUUCUGGUUUUUCUGCUGCCCAUAUAACUGAUGACCUUUCUCCUAUCGAGAGAAUGGUGCACCAGAUCCUCCAGCCUGGACCUGGGGAGAAGUUGCGACCAUCAGGCAGCAUUGCAGAUGAAGAUGAGGAUAGCCAAGGUGCUUCUGGGAUGCCACUACACAUCUUUGGUACACCAAAUGGCAGGCUGCCCAUCAAGCCACGGGGUAUGCCACACCACUCUGGGAUGAGCAGCAAAGGAGAUACAGAUUUGCAACUGGAUAUGUCUUACAAUUAUGAUUCAGCAGUGCCUCUUACUGACCUCGAGUAUGAACCAUCAGGCACAGAAGAUCAGGGCCUACAAGUCAGUGAAACUGAAUACCAGUGUGAUCAAAACAAAAUUCUCCCUGACCCACCCACUGCUGACAGAGACCAGAUCAAAAUCGAAACCCAGCUUAAGGCAUCAAGCAAUAGUACAGCUCGUGCAGGAAUCUCUUCCCGUGCAGCUGUUUGUCGUCUAGCAUCACAAGGUGCAGGCAGUUUACAGGAGCACCUCGCCAAGAGCGCCUCCCUCAGCCUGCAGGAGCAGCAGACCACCACCCUGCUGAUAGGGACACUGUCACGUUCACUGGAGUCGGUGGCUGAGUCGGUGCAGCGGCUGGUGCAGACACAGCAGGAGUUUGCACGGGACACACUGCGUCUGCAGAGAGAUACACUACACGUGCUGCGUGACUUUUCCUCCAGUACACUGGCACUACUGCAGGACAAAUCCAAUGGCCAUCCAUAGCACCUGCAUCUCACCUAAAUGUAGUCUGCACUAGUGAUGGGCAUUUCGAGUAAAUUUGUUGUUAAGUACUCAAACCUAUCAAAAGUUUAAUCAAUUACUUGAUCUUGAACAUAAAUGGUCUCGUAUUCUCUGUGAAGACAUUUUGCUUUGUUUCAUAGCACAUUUUUGUAACAAACAUUAAGUUCAGUGGUAAAAACCUCAGCUAACUGACGAAGGGUGUAUUCAGACCAGGAUAGUUCACUUGCUUUGGUCCGAACCAAAUGUUUUUUUAUAUUUUUUCAUUUUGGUGCGAUUCGCUUUCACACUGUACAUUUUAGUAAGCGGACCAAAAUCUGUCAACAAAGCCACGCGCCCUGAGGUCGUUCAGCUAUUGGUCAGAGACGACACGCGCACAAAGUGUUAAGUUCAAAAGUAGUCACGGAGGAUAGCUGAUGAGCGCACAUCAUGUUGUGACAGUUCUGGCUCUUCAUGCAAGUCACUAGUACCGCCACUUUUUGAAAGAAUGUCCCUGAUUUUAAUGUAGGUCUGACGGAGUUUCUUCACUUUUAGCCGACAUUGUUCUGGGGAGCGCGUGAACCCCUUCUCCUUCAUUUUCUCACUGAAUACAGCAAACACGUCGGCAUGUUUGUGUGUUCUCUCCAAAAGCUCAGAUAUGUGGACAUCUGCCCAUAUAUCCACAAGGGUACGCAUUUCUUCCUCGGCCCACGUUUGCCCCCUACUCAUUUUUUGUACUCUGUAGUCUAGCCUACCACUGGUCUGAAUGACUGAACGACUGUUGUAAGGUUCCCUUGACAACCGAAACAGUGUUUGCACUUUGCGGUGGAGUGUCAAGACUCUGUUUCCCAUAAUGCUCGACAAACGACGGAAGCUCCCGACGUACAAAAAAGCAAAACUGUCAGAUUAGGUCCGGUCUGCUUUCACACCUCCAAAAGGUCCGCACCAGGGUUCCUUUGGUCUGGACCGAGUCCGACCUUGCAGCUCGGUCUCGGUCUGCUUGUUUGGUCCGGACCAGAGUUCGGUGGUUUGUAUUCAGACCAACCCAAAAGGUCUGGACCAAGGGAAAUUUGGUUCGUUUGGUCAUUUGGUCCGGACCAAACAACGUAGGUGUGAAUACGCCCUAAAUUUAAAUGUACUUGGACGUAAAUCGGGUUAGAAUUUUGUACUGUUCAACUGCCACUGCUGGGCCCUUGAGCAAGGCCCUUAACCCUCAACUGUAUAAAUGAGAUGAGUGUAAGUCUGGCACAUUUACAAUAGCACUGUUCUAUGCUUUAUAUUUAAAAAAAAAAAAAUCCUUGCAGUUUCUAUGCUGUUCAGUGAUGAAUAACCCAAUAUUACAGAAAUUUUUUUUAAUUUAUUUUAACAAUGUUUUCUUGUUGCUGAUAUUAAACAAAUAUUGCAUUUCUGACAUGGCUCAGAUUUACAUAAAAUUGGCCAUCUUCACCUUGUCUAAGUGCAAAAAGCAUCUUCAAGGCCAACAUUCAGUAAAACCCGAUUAAAGUACUUUUGUUUUGAUAGGAAUUUAAAACAGUCCAUUGUUAUGGUGGUGUUUUUUGUUUUGUUUUUUUUCUCCCCCCCCCUCCCCAAUUUCCAGAGAUGAUCAACAUGAAUCUGGCAGGUGUGUGGUUGGUACACUAUAGGGAAAAACUGGAAAAUCUGUUUUAAUUUGAGGCACUUGAUAAUCAACAAAGCUUUAUUAAAUAAUAACUUGCAAAUUAAAAUUUUUAAAAAAAACUUUUAAUAUUUAAAAUAUUUAAAAACUACACUAAGCCUUCAUCUAAAAUGCUCAGUUUGUCGUACUUUAAAAUAGUCCCCUUAUAAAUCAUUAGCAUCCAAAUAUGAUUGUAUUUUCAAUGCAUUUAUGUGAGUGCUCUACUAUGAUAGUAAAAUUUUCUAGCAGUGGAGGAAACGCACUCUGCUUGUACUGAUGUGGUAGUUAAGUAUGAAUAUUGACUCGCCGAGUGAUAUGCUCUUGUAGUUUUGCUGUAUUUUUUUUUUCUUUUACUUCUGACAGGGUUUGGACUUAACAUUCCCUAUUUUCAGAAAGAUUAAAGCAUUGCCGUUCUUGGUUUUAAUCACAUGCAGCAGGUCAACAAAUGCACUGUCACUUGUCUGCCUCCCGGAGUUCAUAUUGAAAAUCAUAGCCUGUUUCUUGGCCUACUGCACUGGUGAGAAAGCCAAACAUUCAAAAAUUUUAAGUGGUAUUUCACAAAUGAAUGCAGCGAGUUCAGUUAGGUGCACAGUGAGUACUCAAUUAGUGCCCAUCACUAGUCUACACACUUCAGCUUUAAGUUCUAGGAUGUUCUCUGGAGAACAGGGAGGGACUGUUGAACUAACGAACAGUACAGUUAUAUGCCUCAGGAGUAUAUAAUAAUAGUCCACUUCAGUGUUCAGCUACCUCCCUCCCAGUGUUCAUAGCGAUCACAGGACUCAUACAUGCACUAAUACUGCUUACUGUGUGCAGGAGCCUUUUCAAAUAAGCUCUCCCACAUUUCCAAAAAGUACUGAAGAAGCUGGCAUGGAACAGCUGGAAAGUAGCAUUAGCACAGCAAACUGUUUCUCAGAUCAGAUUAAGAUCUGUUAAAAUCAUUAACUGUUUGGACCAGUGAUGACUGACACACACUCUAAAUUCACAAAGCUUUAUUUAAUGAUGCAAUGUAAGUAAAUUAAUUUAAAAUUUCUGUAAUGGGUAAAUUAUGAGUGAAUUUAAAACAAGUCUAUUUAUCUGAAAUAGUUAAUUUGUGGUAUUUUAGACACCAUAUAAAUCAUAGUGUCUUAAUUUAGUUUCCCCCCCUUUCUUCUCCACAUGUGACUGAUCAGGUUUUCAGUGUUUUGUUUCUCACCCAAAUGUUAAAAUUCGGGUCUGAUCUGAAUUAUUAGACAUUGUGUGGAGCAUUUUUUUUUUUUUUUUUUAGUACGUUUCAGGUUUUAUAACCUUUACCUUUGUGCUUUAACUAAGUGAUUACUUUUUUAUUUUAAAGUUUCCUCUUUGUAAUUACAGGUGCCAUAUAACAUUUUAAUUCUGAAAGUGCUCAAUAAGGAAACCUUUGAUACAGCUUCCACUGAUUCCUUGUUGGGUCUUUUCCAAUAGUAUGAACACUGUUAAAUGUUUUCUGUAUAAACUACUGUAAAGAUUGGAAUAAAUCAGAAUAAGCAUUU